UGAUGCAAAACUGUGCGUUAACCUUACCGUAGAUAAUCCAGGUCCAUAAAACCAUACAUUCAAUAAAUAUUCAUCAUUACCUCAAUCAACCAUAUAUUGAGUUCUACUUUGUAUAGCUUGUGUUUGUGUCAGUAAUAGUAUAGGAGAUGGAAGAGAGAAAUACUAAGCAUGUUUUAAUGAUUCCAUACCCAAGCCAAGGACACUUAAACCCAAUGCUUCAAUUUAGCAAACGCUUAAGCACUAAAGGAGUUAAAGUCACAAUGGUCACAACUAUUUUCAUCUCAAAAAUCAUGCAUCUUCAAUCAUCAUCCUUACCUUCAUCCCUUCAAUUUGACUUCAUAUCUGAUGGUUAUGACCAAGGUGGCUUUGCUCAAGUUGGUAACAUAUCAACCUAUCUAUCUCAAAUGAAAACUAUAGGCUCUGAAAAUUUGAAGGAACUUAUCCAAAAAUAUAACUCUUCUAAUCACCCUAUAGAUUGUGUAGUAUAUGACCCUAUGAUUCAAUGGGUUUUAGAUGUAACCAAAGAAUUUGAUUUACUAGGAGCUGCUUUUUUCACUCAAAAGUGUAGUGUUAAUUACAUGUAUUAUCAUGUUUACCAUGGACUUUUAAAGCUUCCAAUUACUUCAUUGCCAAUUUCUAUAGAAGGGCUUCCUUUGCUUGAAUUGAAAGACACUCCAUCCUUUGUUAAUGACCCUGGCUUCUAUCCUGCUUACUAUGAGAUGGUUAUGAAUCAAUUUUCCAAUAUCCAUAAAGCAGAUAUUGUUCUUGUCAAUUCCUUCUACAAGCUAGAGGACCAGGUGGUGGAUUCUAUGUCAAAGCUAUGUCCAAUAUUGACAAUUGGACCAACAGUUCCAUCCUUUUACUUGGACAAAGGAGUUCCAAAUGACAAGGAUAAUGAUUUGAGUCUCUUCCAAUUAGACUCAUCAGCCAUUAAUUGGUUGAAAUCAAAGCCUGCAGGGUCAGUUACUUAUGUAUCAUUUGGAAGCAUGGUUUGUUUUAGCAUGGAGCAAAUGAAGGAAAUAGCAUUAGGAUUAUUAGGAAGUGGUUCAAACUUCUUGUGGGUGAUCCCUACUAUGGAGAAUAAGAAUAUCCCAAAAGAGUUGGUUGAGGAAAUUAGUUCAAGUGGAAAAGGGUUAGUAGUGAAUUGGAUACAACAAUUGGAAGUGCUAUCAAACAAAGCUAUUGGUUGUUUUUUUACACAUUGUGGAUGGAAUUCAACACUUGAAGCAUUAUGUUUAGGUGUGCCUAUGAUUGCAAUUCCACAAUGGACUGAUCAACCUUUGAAUGCAAAAUUUGUUGAGGAUGUGUGGAAAGUGGGAAUUAGAGUUAUGGUAAAUGAGAAUGGGAUUGUGACAAGAGAAGAGAUUAAGAGUUGUAUUAGGAAAGUGUUCGAAAAUGAUGUUGGGAGUGAAAUGAGGAUUAAUGCUAAGAAAUGGAGGGAAUUGGCUAUAGAAGCUAUAAGUCAUGGUGGCACUUCAGAUAACAAUAUCAAUGACUUUUUAAAUAAGCUUAAGAGGUCCUAAAUUAAUAUUGGUAUUGAUUGUGGAUAUGUAAAUAAGCUAAAUAUAUCAUGUUGGUUUCUAUUAAUAUUGGUUAUGGAUUCCCUCAUAAUUGUAACCGAGGAAGAGUCUUUAGAUUUGUAUUGUAUGAGAACUUUAUUUUCCUUAAGUCAGUGGUGAUUCUAGUUGGUUGAAUUGCUAUGUGUGUGUCUGGUUUGUCUUGUGUAGUAUCACCAAGUGAAGGAUUACACAGCUCAAUAACACAAUGUUUCUCACAGAAAAA